AUGUCCGCGUUAGUUUCCGUUGCACUUUUUUGGUUAACACUUCAAAACGCUCUAAGCUGCGUAAAUUACAAAAGAGAACCCUUUAUCAAAACGCCCCACGUGGCGGCACUGAUAUUAGCCAGAGGCGGCUCGAAAGGUAUCACAUUGAAAAAUCUUCAGACUGUCGGAAACGAAACAUUGCUCGGCAGAGCCCUGACGACGAUCAACCAAAUAAAAUUCUCGUCAAUUUGGGUAUCGACCGAUCACUUCUCGAUAGCACUAGAAGCAGAUAAAUAUGGAGCGAAUAUACACUGGCGCUCAGCGGAAACCGCAACCGACCAGGCCAGUUCGAUCUCUGCUGCACAGGAAUUUCUUGUUCACCACAGUAUCGUCGACGGGGUUGCUUUAAUUCAGUGUACAUCUCCGUUUAAUAAAAAAGAGUACUUGCAGAGAGGAUUCGAUUUGUUCGGGUUUCACGAAUGCGUGUUUUCGGUUACAAGGUAA